UUUUUAAUUAUGUAAGUAAAAUUGAAAAAGCAUAAGGUCUCUUAAUAUUUAAAGAACUACGACAUUUAAAAAAGUUUACAUAGAUCUUUGUAUAAUCUAAUAUUUAAAACAUCCCUUUCUUCUUCUGAAUUGAAAAUCGCACGUUAAAUAUCUACAAAAACAGGUUUUUUUUUGACAAAAGUUCUCAACCAAACCGAAAUUGUAAAAACACAAUGUACCAAUCAAAUUUUUAUUUGUUUGUAAACUUUUUUUGCUCUAAUGAAUUGAAGUUUAAUUGCGUCAAUAAAAAAAUAAACCACCUCAACAAGCAAAACGCACAAUUUCAAUAAAAACUAAUAACUGGUAAAAAAAUCAAAUAUUAAAUAUUUGUAGUACAAACAGACUACACUUUUUUUGUUCAAAUAACAUAAUUUCCUACUUUUUCGUCUAUAAAACCCAGUGGUUAUGUUUCGACAUUGUUCAUUUCGAUUCGAUUAUUUAAGUAUUUCAAAUUUUAAAGUGAACCUUAUUAAAUUUCGAAAAAAUGAUUGGGCUUAUUAAGAUUUGCUUGGUAGUUUUGUUAUCCAUUGGCUGCGAAUAUCUAACCGGUGUUAACAGCCAUGGAAUGAUGUUGGAGCCUGUUAGCCGUGGAUCCCGAUGGAGGACAGAUCGCACAGCACCCGCAAACUAUGACGACAAUGGUUUAUAUUGUGGAGGAUAUGCCGUCCAAUGGUCAGCCUAUGCAGGAAAAUGCGGAAUAUGCGGUGAUAGUUACGGUGACAAAAUGCCAAGACCCCAUGAAAUCGGUGGAACUUAUGGCCAAGGAGUAAUUGUUGGAAAAUACAAGGCUGGCCAAGAAUUAGAUGUUUCAAUCAAAAUUACCCAAAAUCACAAGGGAUAUUUCGUAUUCCAACUAUGCAAUAUGGACUCUCAGCCAGAGUCGGAAAGAUGCUACUCAGAUAAUCCUGUUCAGGUUAAGGAAGGUGGCUAUAAGCAUUAUUUAAAUUCUGACGAAAACCGUUUUUACAAUACAACCAUAAUACUUCCACCAAAAUUCACAUGCAAAAAAUGUGGAUUGAGAUGGAUUUACAACACAGGCAAUUCUUGGGGUACAUGUGAUGAUGGAACAGGUGCUAUCGGUUGUGGACCACAGGAACAAUUCGUUAACUGUGCUGAUAUAACUAUUUCUUAAAAAAAAUGUAUUUUUAAAAAUAUGAAAAUAAA